AAAGUUAAAGAUACUUUCUCUCUUCUCCCCAAGAAUCACAUCCUCAGCACCUCAAAAUCAGAGAUUUUUUAAUCUGGCCAGAGGCCUCUUCAUCACUUCCUGAUGAGAAACACAGGAGACCUAACAACAGCCCUUUUAAAAACAACAUCCCCGAUUCCACUAACUCGUUAAACAGAGAGAGCCUGAAAAGUGCCAACACUCCUAUGAGAAAAGACGGGAGGGAGAGAGAGAGAGAGAGGGAGGAAAGAAAAAGCAGGUUAUUUAUAACGCCAGGCAGCAUUAGGGUCUCUUCAGUCUCUCCUGCAAACUGUCUGCUGCUAGGAGGUCACUCCCCAAAAAACCUGCCGAGCCCGUGACCUGCAAGCACAAUAUUUGGUCUGGGAUCUAGGGCGGGCACCAGCCUUUGCAAACCGGGCGCCGCACUCACAUGCUGCUUGACACACGGGAGAUCCCGGAGCAGAGCAGCGAGGCUUUGGAAAGCAGGCUCUCAGCUUGGUCCCCCCGGCACCCGCACCAUGCGCUGGGCCACCGUCGUGCUCGUCGCUGCGCUCUGCGGGGCCUCGCUGGGCCAGUACAACGAGGAGGAGGACCUGGCGUGGUUGCAGUACUACAUGCGGCAGUCCCGAAUGUCCUCCUACAACUACAUGCCCUACUACGAGGAUGAGAACAGCCCGUACGUUUACUCGUACCUCCCGGCUCCCGACACGGAGGCAGAGCCCGGCCCUGAGCCUCAGCAGGCCCCUUCCUGGCAGUGUCCCCAGGAGUGUGACUGUCCCCCCAACUUCUCCUCGGCCAUGUACUGCGACACCCGCAACCUGAGGUACCUGCCCUUCGUGCCCACCCGCAUGAAGUACGUCUACUUCCAGAACAACCAGAUCACCGCCAUCCAGGAGGGGGCCUUCGACAACGCCACGGAGCUCGAGUGGCUGGCGCUGCACAACAACCAGAUCACCAGCGAGAAGAUGGGCAAGAGGGUCUUCGCCAAGCUCAGAAACCUGGAGAGGCUGUACAUGAACAACAACAACCUGACCAAGAUGCCCAGCCCCCUGCCCCGCUCCCUGAGAGAGCUCCACUUGUCCUACAACCAGAUCUCCAAGGUCCCCUCCAAUGCUCUGGAGGGCCUGGAGAACCUCACGGCCCUGUACCUCAGCCACAAUUACAUUUUUGAGAUGGGAGCUUCCCUCAAAGGGCUCAAGUCCUUGAUCCUGGCUGAUCUGAGCUACAACCACCUCAGGAAAGUCCCCGACGGGCUCCCAAUGGCCCUGGAACAGCUCUACCUGGAGUACAACCACAUCAACGCCAUCCCCGAUGACUAUUUCAAGGUCUCUCCCAAGCUGCUCUACGUACGGAUGUCCCACAACAGCCUGACGAACCAAGGUCUCUCCACCAACACGUUCAACAGCAGCAGCAUCCUGGAGCUGGACCUCUCGUACAACAGGCUCCAGAAGAUCCCCCGGGUCAGCACCCACCUGGAGAACCUCUACCUCCAGGGGAACCAAAUCAACGAGUUCUCCAUCAGCAGCUUCUGCACCGUGGUGGACGUCAUGAACUACUCCCGUCUCCAGGUCCUGCGGCUCGACGGGAACGAGAUCAAGCGCAACGCGGUGCCCCCCGACGCCCCGCUGUGCCUGCGGCGUGCCACCAUCAUCGAGAUCUUGCCUGGGCGUCGGCCCCCCCCCCCCCCCCGUCUCCGGUCCUCAGGACUUCUCUCCCCCGUCCCUGGGGAGACACAUACACUCCCAUUUUAAUGCAGCUUGACGGUUUGAUUUGGCUUCUGCAAUAGUGCAAUAAGGGUGCUCCAACGCCAGCCCACGCGGGUGGGCAGGAUCUGUUCAGCCCCAAAUGUCCCCGUCCCCGUCCCCCCCCCCCACUUCCCGGCUCUCCGGUCUCGCAGGGUGGGACAGGUCCCAGCACAAAUCCCACCACGGCCAUGUCCCAGCCUCUGUGGGAGGGAAGGGGGAGAGCUCGCCCCGUCUCCAAAACCCAGCUCCGUUUUGGGGGUUCCAGCACAAAUAAUGGGGCUCACCUUGGGCCAGGCUUUGGUGGUCCCUGGGAGCUGCACGGGUAAAGGGCUAAAGGUGCUCUGGCUGCCAACAUCCCUCUCUAGGAUGGUGAAGAGUAAAUCCACUCUUUGCCCUCAUUUUUUCCCCUGCUUUCCCCCCAGCCAUAAAGCUCAUGGGAGAGAAACCCUUCCUGCUGCUGCCAAGCGGCCGUCAGCUGCUGAGCUCAGAGAGAAACUCUCCCAACCCCCAGUUUGGGCCAGAACCCGGGGGCGAGGGAUGGGCACCUCGCAGCACCAGCACCCUGCAGAGCUCGGGGUUGUGCCAGAAGCCAGCCCCUCACCCCCGCUUCUCCCUCCCCGGGCACAGACACCUGGUGCUGCAGCCAGAGGCACCCAGGAUCACGUUCAGCUGUGGCACGAGGGCAGCUGGGGCUUAUGUGGGGUCUGCAGGGUGCACACAGAUCUGCCAAACCCAGCCCACU